UACAACUACAAGUGAGUGACAGAGCGAGAGAGAGAGAGUAUACCGUUUUCCCUCCAUUUUUAAUUUAAUCAAUUUCCCAUUUUCCUUUUGGACACUUUGUUCCCUAUACCGACCUUUAUCGUUUCUUUGCCUUGAAUGCGCUCGAAUGUUUCUGCGAAAGCUGCUCAUGACCCUUCUUUCUUUGCCACGUAUUUCUUUGGCUUUGGUUUUUAUUCUUUUUCAUUUAUCUUGGGAUCUUUCCUCUUCUUUACAGUUUCUCCCUCCAACCGGGUUUUAUUGGGAAAACUGGGUAUUUUUAGCAACUUGAGAAAGUUUGGGCUAUGGAUCCGUAACUCCUGUCUUAAGAUUUCUGCAAGUGGUUUUGAUCAGAAAUCAACUUUUGGGUAGUGGUAUAGGACUUGGAUUGUGGUGAUUGAUGUUCUAGAUAGGUGUGAUUAUAUAUUUAUUAAUUUAUUAGGAUUUAGGCUCUUUUUUUUGUGUAUCCGAUUAUCUUCCUUUGAUAGAGAGAGUGUAGGUGGUUUUGAUUCGGGGAAGUUCCGUGAGAGUUAGGAUCCACUGCUUCCUGUAUUGGGGUGUAUUCGUGUGAUGCAAAAUUCCAAAUGUGACGACGGUUUUGUGAGGAAUUUGUACAUUUCAGGUUUCCGAUGAAUCUGUGUUUUGGACUUUGAACGUUCUAUUCUUUGUCUCUAUUUGUUACAUUUUGACUAGUUAUUCUGAGGAGCAAGUUUCUUCUGUCGGAUAAAUUUUCUUUUUAAUUCCAAUUGUGGCAAUAAGAUAAUUUACCGGAGAAGAUAAGGGUGUCACGUUGGUAGAUUUCUUUCAGUUUUCAUUCACGAGAUAAUAGAUUUGUCACAAGAAAGGUGUUGGGGGAAAGUUCAGAAUCUCAACUGUCUCAGUGACUAUAGGUUUCUUAAUUAAUUAGCUUUCCUCUCCUUUGUCUUUCUGGGACUUCUGUUCAAAUUCUUGUUUGAUAGGAGUCCUGUGUUUGUCUUGUUUUUCAUGUCCUAUUUCUAUUUCUGAGAUGGGUCAUUCAGCAGCAGUCUGGGAUCAGAAAGCAGCGAUUGAAGUUACCAAGGACUGGAAUGGAAUCGAUCAGGUCGUGCUUCGUUCCCCACGAGGGGCUUCUGCUCGGGUUAGCUUGCAUGGAGGACAGGUCGUUUCAUGGAAGAAUGAUCGCGGUGAAGAACUCCUUUUCACAAGUAGUAAGGCAAUCUUUAAGCCACCAAAAGCAAUGCGAGGAGGAAUACCUAUUUGUUUUCCACAGUUUGGAAACUGUGGAUCACUGGAACAACAUGGAUUUGCAAGAAACAAGAUUUGGGCAUUUGAUGAUAACCCUUCACCAUUACACUUCAAUGAUUCCAAAGGCAAAUCUUCUAUUGACUUGAUACUCAAACCAUCUGAAGAAGAUCUCAAGUGCUGGCCUCAUAGUUUCGAGUUUCGUCUUAGGGUGUCUCUUACAGCAGAUGGUGAUCUCACCAUGAUAUCACGGAUCAGGAACAUCAAUGGCAAGCCAUUUAGUUUCUCAUUCGCUUAUCAUACAUAUUUCUCUGUUUCUGAUAUAAGUGAAGUAAGGAUAGAAGGAUUGGAAACACUCGACUAUCUUGACAACCUUUGUCAAAGAGAACGAUUUACAGAACAAGGAGAUGCCAUUACUUUUGAAUUUGAGGUUGAUCGAGUUUAUCUCAGCUCCCCGAAUGUAGUUGCAGUCCUUGACCAUGGGAAGAAGCAGACUUUUGUCAUAAAAAAGGAAGGACUUCCAGAUGUUGUGGUAUGGAACCCAUGGGAAAAGAAAUCCAAAUCCAUAGUAGAUCUUGGCGACGAGGAGUACAAGCAAAUGCUUUGCGUUGAUGGUGCAGCAAUCGAGAAGCCCAUCACCUUGAAGCCAGGCGAGGAGUGGACGGGGCGGUUGGAUCUCUCAGUUGUUCCUUCAAGCUACUGCAGUGAGCACCUUUAAUCAGCAGAAAGGUUUCUGAAGCUGAAAGCAGACCAUCAAGAACGAAUAAACCUGUUGCACAUCUAGUGAGACGUUGAGGUUACAUAGUAUCAUAUAUUAAUGUAAUAUUGGAUCUAAAGUUAAGUUUUAAUCAAUUCUGUGCGUAGUGAAAAAAUGAAAAAUCAUGCAUGUUACUGAAGCGGUUUAAAAGAAUUACGACUCUCAGUUUUUUGAGGGAACUAGAUAUUGAGUAUAGAGCAGGGGCAGGCUGUCUCAGGACUUCUGUUUA